AUGUCUUCCUCAUCUCAACCAAGCGCCCUCCCAGCGUUUUUCCUCAACAUCACUCCCCUCCGUUCCUACCUCCUCCGCCUGCCGCUCUUCACGCGUGCCGUCCUGCUCAUCAUCUUCGCAUUCUGGCUUCUCGAGCUACAGUCUGUAUGGGACGUGGUACAAUGGGGCGCUUUGAUUCCGAAUGAGAUUAGCAUUGCUACCUUGUAUCGAACGAAUACGUACCCCGUUAUACAUAAUGGGUUCUUCCAUAUGUUGUUGAAUGUGGUGGCGCUGAUGCCGUUGUUGGAGAGGUUUGAGGCUGAGCAUGGGACUUUGACGGCACUUCUGUUGUUUGUUGGACCACUUUCGACAUUCCCUGCCGCGUUAUAUAUACUCGUGGAGAAAUAUAUUCUAUCCAGCAAUACGGCUGUCGUUGGCGCAAGUGUCUGGGUCUUUUUGCUCCUCGCCUCCGAAGCAAUCAAGACUUUCCGCACCAAUCCUUACUUCCAGGUCGGCACUCUGAAGGUUCCCACUUGGACUACGCCGCUCUUUGUCUCUUUCGUUGUGGCUGUGCUUCUUUCGAAUACGAGCUUUUUGGGACAUAUCUGUGGUAUGAUCUUUGGGUAUCUACUCGGACUCGGCUAUCUCAAAGUCUUUGUCCCCCCGGAGAAAAUCCUACGGUUCAUCGAAGGAAAGCUAAACCUCCUCGGACGACUACCUCACUACGUCUCCGUCGACCAAAAAACGCACGGACGAUACGGUGUCCUCCCGACGGCAUCCUCUGGAGAGUCCGGCGUCUCCAUGAGCAGUUAUAUUGGCUCUUCACAGCGAUUGGGACCGUAA